AUGCAAAUUAAAGCGCUGCUCAUGUUAUCUGCAAUUACGCUUGCAGUCGGCGCAAAAUUAAUUUUACAAAAGUGUUGUCCGCAAAGGCUUGCUUACAAUUUUACUUCGGGAAAGUGUGAAGCCGUCAUAAGCAACCAGAUCAUCGCUUGGAUUCCCGACCAAUUUGAAACUAUUUUCAGUGAUAAUCAAAUUCUGGUGCCAUCUCUAGAAGAGUUUGAUUUUAAUUACGGACCUUGCCCUGAAAUAUUGCAAGACGUAGCUCGUCCGGUCAAGAUUGACCGAAGCACGAAUAUAAAACUUUCUAAAAGCAGCAUCGUCGUGUCCAACCAAACAUACCAACAAUGGUGUCUGGAUGCAGUUCUUGGCCAGUCUAGUAGACAAUGGGUCCUUUUAUCCUGCCCUUGUCUUCACGAAAACUGCAUUACGCGGUGCUGCCCCCACGGAAAACGUCUUCACAUCGAAAGGGCCUCUGGGAAAUCGUUCCACGAAAUAUGCCAAGACGAGGACAGUAGCUGGACACCGUGGACGGCGAAGGACUUGAGAAUAAAAAGAAAUUUCCUGAAACCUGAGAUAUUUCUGCACCUGAGUCUGCGUCAGUACAUGGAGAAUUGCUUUCUUUCUAUUAGAAAAGAUUACGCAAAAGCAAGACGGCCGGAAAUUAUAACUAAUUUUGAAAUCAACGAAUUCGGAGUUUUAAAAUCUAGAAGAUCUACGGCCAAUCGGUGGAGUUACUGCCUUGCCGAGGCGACGGUUCGGGGUGAGCUGAGGACCGUGGCCAUGCACUGUGACCGCACCGAGUACAACAGAAUUUCCAACAACGACGCCAUCGCCAUUAGUUUUUUUGCAGGCGUCGGAGCUUUUUUCACUCUCAUCACCCUGAUCGUCCAUUUGAUCGUCAAAGACCUGCGUCAGGACAUCAGCGGACUCAUCAUCAUCGCCCACUGCAUUUGCCUGUUCAGUGCCUACCUCUCGAUGGCCUUCCGACCCCUAGCUCGGUCUCAGGACACCAACGUUUGCAUAAUUUCAGGAAUUUUGUCGCACUUUUUCUUUGUCUCCUCCUUUUUCUGGUUAAACGUUCGCGCAAUAAUAAUUUACUGCACGUUUAGAUCCCUGGAUUCGAUGUUGAGCAAAUUGUCGCUGCGCAAAAGCAGUUUUCCGCUUUACGCCCUCUACGCUCUGGGGGUGCCAGCCCUGAUUUCGGCGUUCAUGGCCUGGGCUCAGUUCGCGGACAGCACAAGUCUGCCCUCGUGGGUCGUCUGGCCAGCUUUCGAUGACGCCUCUUGUUGGUUCAGAUCCUCCUUCAGCCGCGGACUCUACUUUUCCCUACCAAUGGGCAUCGCGUUGCUGAUCAAUAUUUUUCUUUUCAUCAAAACAGUGAUACAAAUCGAAUUAUUCCGAAGAGAGAAUCAAAAAGUUCUAAACAGAUCCGAAGACACCAUAAAAGAAACAAAUCUCAAAUUUCGCUCAGAAAAAUUCAAACUCUUCGCAACAUUUUCCAUUCUGCUGUGCGUGACAUACAUUCCAGAAUGUAUAUCUUGGUUUUACAAUGACUUUUCCUUUUACUAUUUUAUCUCAAUUUUCGUCAUCACCUUGCGCGCAAUUUUACUGUUCGUCAUUUUCUGCUUUCAAGAAAAGGUUUGGAUUUCGCUAAAGCGACAGCACCCUUGGCUUGAAAAACUAUCAUCUAGGUGCUGUCGAAAGAAAAGUUUGAGUGACAAAAGUCAGAUUUCGGAAAUGGAGAAUAAAAAGAGUUCAGCAGAAUCGACUGAUUUAUAAAAGGACUUCAAAAUUCGAAAGAAUCCUUCACAGAAAAAUAUUAAAAUAUUAUUGUAAAUAUAUAUGU